AUGCAUCUUAUCAAACCUUCAUGGCUAAGCCAUAGUGGCGAGCAAAAGGACUUCGAAGUUUACAGCUGCCACGUCUCUCCCGACGGCAAGAGACUAGCUACCGCCGGCGGAGAUGGCCAUGUCCGUGUCUGGUCCGUCGAGGCCAUCUUCAACUCCCAUGACAGAAACUACACGAAACCCCGGCAGCUCUGCCACAUGAGCCAUCACCUCGGAACUAUCCAUUCCGUCCGAUUCUCACCCAACGGCCGCUAUCUCGCUUCCGGCGCCGACGACAAGAUCAUCUGCAUCUACCAUCUCGACAGCAACCCGCCAUCUCACACAUCUACCUUUGGUACAAAUGAACCACCCCCAGUCGAAAACUGGAAGACAUAUAAGCGCCUAGUUGGCCACGACAACGAUGUGCAAGACCUCGCCUGGUCCCCCGACAACUCUCUCCUCGUUUCUGUUGGCCUCGAUUCCAAGAUUGUUGUGUGGUCAGGGCACACCUUUGAGAAGCUCAAGACGCUGGCGGUACAUCAGAGUCACGUCAAGGGCAUUACGUUUGAUCCGGCCAACAAGUUCUUUGCGACAGCGAGCGAUGACAGAACUAUCAAGAUCUUCCGCUAUACCGCGCCAGCGCCGAACGCGACUCAGCACGACAUGGUCAACAACUUUAUCCUGGAAACCUCGAUUAGCGUGCCGUUUAAGCACUCGCCGCUGACGACAUACUUUCGGAGAUGUAGCUGGUCCCCCGACGGCAACCACAUUGCUGCGGCUAAUGCUGUCAACGGACCCGUUAGUAGUAUAGCCAUCAUCGAGCGUACCGGCUGGGACAGCGAAAUCAACCUAAUCGGACAUGAAGCCCCUACUGAGGUCUGCAUGUUUUCACCUCGCUUGUUCUACACACAACAACCAGACGAAAACUCAAACGCAAAUGGCGCUGCCGCCCCUAGCUUGGUCACGGUCAUUGCGUCCGCUGGACAGGAUAAAACUCUCACCAUCUGGAACACGAACACCUCUCGACCAGUCCUGAUAAUCCAGGACAUAGCGUCUAAAUCAGUCUCCGAUCUCGCUUGGACCCCAGAUGGUCAGACAGUCUUCGCUGCUAGCCUGGAUGGUGGUGUAAUUGCUGCCCAGUUUGAGACUGGAGAGCUUGGAUGGGUAGCAAAGUCAGAAGAAAACGACAAAGCCCUACAAAAGUAUGGCAGCUCCAGAAAGGGGAUGGGGACCGCCGAAGACGUCGAUGGUCUUCAUCUUGAGAACCACAGCAAGGAGAAAGAGUUGCGAGGAGCUGAAUCAAGAAUGGGUGCCCUGAUGGGGGAUACAGGGCCUGUGCAAAAGGAACCCCCAGCCACUACAACCAAUGGCGUCAAACCGGCAGCAAAGACUGUCGAUACAAACGGCACAGCAACCCCGGCUCCUCCAGAAAAGCCUGAGGAGGAGAGCGCCGACAAGACCGCCGAGCGGAUUGCCGAGCUGAAGUCGCGUGUUACGAUCACGAAAGACGGCAAGAAGAGGGUAGCUCCUUUGCUUGUUUCGUCAUCCGGAACAGGCUUGUCAUCCUUACCGCAGGCACAGCUGGUUGGUGCAAGCUCGACAAAACCGGUUCAGAGCGACACCCCGCAAACGAUAUUGGAUCUCUCGAAGCCAUAUGACGGUCUACCUCGCGGUGGCAUUGCGGCAAUGCUACUAGGAAACAAGAGAAAAGCGGUGGUUGUGGAGGGAGAGGAGGAGGAUGAGCCUUCUGCCAAACGCUCAGCUACUGGUCCCGUCCCUAUUGUAAUAAAUGGGGUUGAUGGCCUAGAGCCGGCGCCUCUUUCAGCACCCGCUCACGGUCUUGUGCCUACGCCCGAAUACCUUCGACCAGCCGUCAUUAGCCCCAAUAUUGCCUACUCACAGGUCAGACUGGCUGUCCCUAAGAUUCGAUCACACAUUCUUCGGCCGCUUGAGAGGGGCGUUCUACAAGAGGAGACCAACUUGGAAGACGCAACAAAGGUACCCGAGAACGUGGUUCUGGAGGCGAAGAAUCCUGCACAUGUCCGCGAACCCGCACGCAUAAAGCCACCAAACGAUUUCUUACCCCGUGCUAUUAUAUUGGUCGCUGGCAGCAAGCAUUUCUGGGCUGCGGCGUGUGAGGACGGCACACUCCACACGUGGUCACCAGCUGGACGGAGGCUUAUGAAUGCCAUCAUGUUGGAGUCACAGCCCGUCAUCCUCGAAGCGAGAGAUUCGUGGUUGCUAUGCGUUACAGCGGUUGGCUUAUGCCAUGUCUACAAUAUCAAGACGAUGUCGUCGCCUCACCCACCUGUUUCUCUAGCCCCCAUCCUCGACAUUGCAACGACCUCGUUGUCGCCACACGGCGCAACUUCAGCGCCUGGUGUGACGUCUGCUCAUCUGAACAGUUCUGGUGUUAUUGUUGUGACCUUGAAUAACGGAGACGGCUUUUACUACUCAACGAGCUUGUAUGCGUGGAAACGGCUAUCGGAAUCUUGGUGGGCCGUGGGCACCAACGUGUCAGCCGGAAUCAUCCCAUACCUCGAACGUCAUACCACGACUGAGUUCUUGCUUAAGGGACGGGCCUAUACACUUCAGCGCCUCGUCAAGGCCCUACUGGCAAGAGACGGAUUUGAGAAUUUCGAGAGCAGUGUCAGCAUUGCUCACCUUGAGAACCGCAUUGCGGGCGCUCUGGCCUUGGGCGCACGGGAAGAGUUUAGACUCUACCUGUUCAUGUACGCCAAAAGGAUUGGAGCCGAAAAUCAGAAGACAAAGGUUGAGGAGCUGCUGAAUAGCUUGAUUGGAGGGGUUUUGCGAGACGCAGAUGAUGGAGAGGGAUGGUUUAGCAAACAGGACAAGCUUUGCGGGUGGGACCGUAAGGACCUCCUACAAGGUGUUGUCCUUAUUUUGGGUAAAUUCCGCGAUCUCCACCGGUUGACUGUGCAAUACGCCAGGAUAUUGGACAUGACCUUGGGCGACGAGGAGAAGGAGACCCCCCGAAGAGGGCAUGGAGGUGGAGGACUAGGCGUCCAGCCUCGUGUCUGA